ACAGAGGAGCAGCAACCAACCGCCGAGCCUGUCCUACACACUCUUCCCUAACUAACACACACGUACCUCCAAUCUCUACACACUCUCCGUCAAUGUAGCCGGAAUGCACCGAGGAGGAAUCACUCUUAACGGCCCCCGUUGAGACAUUUCGGUAUCAAGGUGACCGACCGGGAGCCAGUCAGCUGCCCGACAACGGCUCCACAUCAGCGCCAGGUGACAGCAGACAGGACCCGCACCUCGGACCGCUUUAACGGACACAUUUUUGAACGGACAAGAUGGUAGUAGCUAACGUUUCUGGAGCUUAAAAAUAACACAGUUCCUCCUUUAUUGUUAUUGUUAUCCGGAGCUGAGCAACAUGAAACCAAUUUUUAACAGUUUGUGGGCUGAAAAGGCAUCAUAUUUUUGAUUAAUUUGUGUUGUGUCGUGGCAAAAAUCCGACACUGUCCCGGUCCUGUCCUCCGCCGCUCGCUGGCCGUCUCCUCACACCGUCCACUUUAUUAUUACAGCCCAUAUCUCUCUUAAGCAUCUGAAGCAUCAUCGUGAAGAUGGCGACUGGGUCGGGUUGGCAGCAGUAUUACUGCCCUGCCGGUCAGGGGAAAUUUAGUUCAUCCUCAGCCAGCAGCAUGUCCUUUCAGACCGGCAUCACCAUGGAAUAUACCCAAGACCUGCACCUGAAGAUGAGCAAGAAAAUAGCACAGCUAACAAAGGUUAUCUAUGCACUGAACACAAAAAACGACGAACACGAGGCGGCCAUCGCCACUCUGAAGGAGGCCCAUGAAGAGGAGGUGCAGCAGAUUCUCUCCGAGACCCGGGAGAAGAUACUACAGUACAAGAGCAAGAUCAGUGAUGAGAUGGACCUGAAGAGGCGGAUCCAGUCUCUGGAGGAGUCCAUGGAGCUCCACGAGAGGAUGAAGAGACAGGCACUGGCUGAGUUCGAGAGCUACCGUCAGAGGGUGGAGGACAUGCAGCUUUGCACUGAGGCUCAGCACACGCAGCGUGUGGUGUCCAUGUCAAGGGAGGUGGAGGAGAUGCGACGGUCCUUUGAGGACAAGCUGCGUACAUUCAGCCAGGCCCAGACCCAGUUUGAGCAGGAGAAGAGGGCUGCUCUGGAGGAGCUGAAGGCCCAGCACAGACAGGAGAUCCAGGAGCUCCUCCGCAGCCACCAGAGUCAGAACGCAAACUACAGUAAAGACCAGGAGAAACUGGGGCAGCUCCAUAAAGCCGAGGUUGAUUCCCUGACAGAGAGGGUGGAGGAGCUCAAACAGGACAAGAAGAGGCUGGUGGAGGAGUACGAGGCUAAACUCAGCAAGGCUCAGGCGUUUUAUGAGCGCGAGCUGGAGGCCAUGAAGAGAACUCAGCAGCUGACUGCCGACAACCUGUUGGCAUGGAAACGCACCGAGGCCGAGCUGCGGCGGGAAUUCCAGACUCAGGAGGCGGCGCUCCAGAAAACCCUCGGCAAACUGAGGGCCGAGUUGGCCAGGGUAUCGGACGAAGCUCGGGAAAACCGGGAGAAGUCCCACAAGCUUCAGGCGUCCCUCAACACAGCUGAGAGCACCGUCAAGGACUUAACCAAGCAGCUGGACGAGGUGACCCAGAACUCAGAAAUUGUGGAGAUCCGUCAGAAGGAAGCAGAAUGUGAACUCGAGGCAGCCAGAGAUCGCGUUCAGCAGCAAGCAACUGAAAUACUGCUCAAAGCCAGUCAGAUAAGCAGCCUGCAGGCCACCCAGAUGACCCAGGAAGCAGCCAUCAGGGACCUGGACAACGAGCGGAGCCGGCUGAAGGACAAAGUGCUGAGGAUGGAAGAAGAAAGGGAGUCCCUGCAGAGCCAGAGCCAGGCGCUGGAUGAAAGACAGAGAGAACAGCUCCAGUCCCUGGAGAAGACCCUGCGUGAGGAGAAGUUGUCCCACGAGAAGGAGAUGAACAAUAUGCGAGCUCGAGCCGAAGAGGAGGCUAGCCAGAUGAAGGACGGCCAGGCUCGGGCUCUGGAGGAAGUCGCCAAGAAACACAGAGUGACCCUCGAGAACGCUCUCAACAACGCCGAGAAGGACAAGAACCGCAUGCUGGCUGAGCUGGAGCAGCAGUUUGAGAGGGAGCGCCUCUCACUGGAGGAGCAGAAGACAAUUCUCAGGCAGCAGCUGGACGAGCUGAGUCAGGAGCUGACCUCUAAACUCACUGCAGCCAAUGAGGAGGUGGUCCGGCUGCAGGAGGAGGUGCGGCAGGGGGAGCAAGACAUCGGAACAGCAGAGGGACAGAUCUCCACCCUGAAGGAGGCGCAGGACAAACUGCUGGAGGAGCUGGACGCUACCAGGGCCCGACUGAGAGAGACCAGCAACCUGCUGACUGCACUGCAGGGAGAGUUGGAGACCCAGAAGCGUCAUCAUGAAGCCAAACUCAUCACCACCAAAGAAGAGGAGAAACUUAAGAUGGACAAGAUGGCUCUGGAGCUGGAGCUCAAAUGGACUGAAACACUCAGGCAGGAGUGUAAGAAGCUACGUGAGGAGCUGAGAGAGGACCACGAGGAGGACAAGGCCUCAGCGCUGAAUCAGCUGGCACAAACCAAGGAGCAGGAAAUGAGCAACGCCAGAGAGAGCUGGCAGAGGAAAGUGGAGGACCUGCUGGAACAGAUCUCCCUGUUGAAGCAGAGUCUGGAGAUGCAGCUGUCCCAGUCGCAGUCGUCGCUGCAGCAGCUGCAGCACCAGUUCAGCCAGGAGAGGGAGCACCUGAGGAUGCAGCUGGACGAGCUGCAGACGGAGCACCAGAGGCGACAGCAGCGUCUGCAGGAGGUCCACUGCUGCUCCAUGCAGGACAUGGAGCACGCCAGGCAGAGGGACCUGAAGGAGUUGGAGGAGCGUCUCCGCCAUCAUCACCAUGCAGAGCUGCAGUCUCUCAGAGAGGCUCAUCGCCAGAGCAUCGAGACGCUCAAACAGCAGUCAGAACAAGAGCUGCAAACACUCCGCUUUGAACUGGAAGACGAGGGCAAAGCCAUGCUGGCCUCUCUGCGAUCAGAGUUGAACCACAUCCACGCAUCAGCCAUCGAACACCUGAGACAAACCCACCAACAGGAGUCAGCUGCUGCCAAGGUGGAGCUGGAGAAAACACUGGAGAACAACCGGAUACAGGAGCGUGAGCUGUUGGGCCGGAUCACCGAGUUGCAGGAGGAGGUCUCCAGGAGGAAGAACCACAUCGCUCAGCUGGACCACCAGAUCCACACGCUCAAUGAAAAUAUCAGCACUCUGACUAAAGAGCUGGAGCUCAAGGGCAAGGAGGUGCUCAAGAUCCGCAGCGAAGCCAAUCAGCAGAUCAGGAUCUAA